GAUUCUGAAAGCUGAAAUGUAGGUAAGAAGUAGACAUUCAUUCAACACACUUCUCCUACUUCCCAUCAUCUACAUUCUCUCAACUCUAUAAAUUACAACACCAUUGAAUCCAAACAUCAUCAAACAAACAACUUCAACACAAAAAGUUCAAAACACACAGAAUACUAAUUCAGCUACAAUGACAAACUCAAGAGUUUACCUCUGCCUAAUCUUUCUCUCAUUGGUUACUACUCCACCUGUGCUCUGCUCUCGCAGUCCGAGACUCGCAGCACCAUCAGCUGCAAUAGGGAAGAAGCAUGGGAAAGCACAUGUUCAUUCUCCGGCAUUGCUUGUUUCUGGUUCCCCCAAGGUUGAUUCAUCAUCCUCCUCCAUGACCAAGAUUGAUGAGCCUGCAACAAACUCUGUUUCUGAUUCCCCCAAAGUUGAUUCAUCCUCAUCCUCCUCCAUGACCAAGAUUGAUGAGCCUGCAACAAACUCUGUUUCUGAUUCCCCCAGGGUUGAUUCAUCAUCAUCUUCCAUGAUGACCAAGAUUGAUGAGCCUGCAACAAACUCUGCGAUAGCCGGUUUCUUCAGGCAUAAGUUCCCAUUCCAAGGCUGGCCUUUCCACAAGUAUGCUCCUUUUCCAAUGGGUAAGCCUACAAAUCCCUCUGUUCCUGCAACAACACCGUCGUCUUCUGGAGCUGCUUCUGCUGAGGAAGAGGAAUCUGAGAAGGUGCCUUCUUCUCCAAACAAAGGAAACAACAGAGAUGGAGGCAACGCGUAAUGAAUGAAUAUUUAU